CGUCGUGUCGUAUGUCGCGCGCUCCGUUUCCCGGAGCUUAGUGCUCGCGCGCGCGCAAGUUUUCGCACCGGGAAAAUCUUCCACAAUCGGGAAAAAGUUGUGUCUCAUCCUCGUCGUUUCCUCGACGAUCGGAUGAAAUUUUGUUUUUUUCGCGAAAAAGAUCGCGCGCGACUUCGAACCGCGAGUUUCACGCACGCGCGAGUACGAGCGAUCUCGCGUGUCGUGAUCACACGACCGCGAGUGAGAGGCUGUUUUGCUCGCCUCGAACGCGAAGGCGGGAUAUCACAAGGGUGUUGUUGUACGUGUGUGCGUGUGUGUGUGCGUGUGUGCAUGUGUGUGUGUGAUGGUGCAAGGUGGUGCAUUUUCAAACAGCUUCUCAAAGAUUCGCGUGAUCGGAUCGCGUUCUCAUCCGAGAAAUCGAAUCUCGAAGGCAAUAGCUGAUGAGAUACCACGGUGAUAAAAUUCAUCUUUGUGUUUAACACAACGUGACGUUCAAGUGAAACACACACAAGCAGUGAGAUAUAUUCUCUCCCGGGACACAGUAGUAGUCCCACAGAAUCCGCAGUCAUUCGAUCUGAUUUGGUGAUAAAAUACCGAGAGAGAUUAUUUUCUUCAUUCAUUAGCGAAACAGAGAGAAGACAAAUUAGAUUCGGUCAGGAAACUUUCUUAACGCCGAGCAAACUCGCGCUCGGAUCAUCAGAAGAGAGAGAGAUCUGAUCCGCGGCAAGGAACGACCGAGGGGAAAGGGGUGAAAGAAAUGUCGUAAUCAUCCGAGGGCGCAGAGAAAGUGCUCGGACGGAAUUUCGGCGCUUCGCUUUUAUGGCGCGUUGGCGAUCGAACGCUACCGAGGGGAAAAAAAAAAAUAAAUAAAAAAAAAUAUCCGAAAGCAAUCACGAUCGGAAUGAAUCUGCGCGAAUCGAUGAUCAACGAUGAUGGAUUAUCCUCGAACAAAUUGCCGUUGUUAGAAGUUUCUCCGAGUUUGUAAAAAAAACCCCCCCAAAAAAAAACCGAAUAAAAAGAAAACCGCCGAUCGUCGCAGCGCGUUUGUUUGUCUUCCGCGUGAGAAAAUAUUGUAACGAGAGUGCGUUGACUCUGUGGAGAAGAAGAGAGGACUCUCUCGUGCAAUCUCCGCGCCGAAUCCUUUCGCGUAGAAUGAUCAUCCCGGUCGUGCCGAAGGCACGGAAGAAAAGGGAAGAGGAGGGCAAUGAGAAGGAGGAGAAGCGGCGCAGCAGCUUGGCGUCGAAAAAGGAAAGCCACGCUGAUCGUCCAGGGACUGGAAGACCUCGGCUUGUGUUGCACCUUAGCGAAGGCGUGUAGGCGCAACGAAGAAGGGACGAGGAGAAAGAGAGAAAGGGCGAGCGCGGGGGAAGAAUACACAGAUAGCGAAAGGGCAGAGAGAGGCCAGGAGGGCGAGGAGAAGAGAAACAAACGAGAGAGGAGAAAGAACGAGACGGAGAAACGAAGAUACAUACACCUGAGAAAGGAGAAUUCGUAAAUCCGCCCGUUUUUCGACCGACGACAUCACUUUUCCGCAUCCUGGAUUUUCAUUCAAUCUUGAGUGAAUUCUUUCUUACCUACUCCGUAGGUAGAUCCUUUUCUCUGCGCGAUUUAUUUUUUUCGUCGUUCUUCUUCUUCUUGUUGUAACGCCGUUCGGUCGUGUUGCAAACACAUUCGCGCCCAUUGAUUCUCAAACCGCCCGAACAUUAUAUCCGACGUCGCUCGGGGGCAACAUAAAUAUCUGCGUAGCGCGAUCCCACUUCCGCAAGCCGAGAUUGGAUUCUCGCGCUGCCUCAUGAGGCCCCUCUCCUUCGAGAACCUGAGGAGGCUCGUGGGUCGCAAGAAGGACCGCAACGAGCCCUCCUUCAAGCGCAGCGAGUCCUUCAAAAGAAUCUCAAUUAGGAAGAGCUACCUGGACCGGGGCAAACGACGUCAGAACCGUCUUCAAAAGAACACGGAAUCCGCCACCGACACAUCUACGACGCAACUCACGGUCAACGAUCAAGACAAGAUAAUCGGUCCCGCUCAAAUCAAGGAGCAAGAACCGAAGAAGAAUCAAGAGCGUUCCCUGAGUCGAGACUCGAUCACGUACGACGAGUGGCUUCAAGGUGUCAGCUUAUCUUCCCGCGAGAAACUUCACGAGGAUUCGCUCGAGGACUCGCUUCAGCGGUCCAAGGUCAAGGUCACCAAGCACAUCGACGCGGAUUCAAUCGCCGACGAUCUCAAGAUCCUCGAGCUCGAUGCCUCGCCUGUUUUAUCGUCCAAACCGAAACCCUUCAGGAUCGAGACCGCCGAUGACGCUCGAAAUGAAACAACCGAUCAUCACGAUACUAUUUGGACGUCGCAUCAGGAAUCCACGGCGGAGGCUCCGCCCAGUGUGCGAAUUAGUCUCGGCAGGGUUUGGAGAGAAACGGUGCCGGCGCAGCCGGUCUCGGUACCGGCUUCGUAUCCCUCCAUCGCGAAUUCGCCCGUUCACCGUUCGCUGGACAGCGCCCUGAAAGAAAAAAAACCGCAACCGACUGUCGCGAGGACGGUCUCGGCGCCGGAGAAGCCUGUCAGCAAGGAUACGUCGUCGUCGUCGUCUUUCGGUUUUUCUCUCAGGAUCGCCAAACUCGCGGACUUCCGGCAAGGGGUGUCGCGGAACGGUCUCUUCCGUCGGAAGACGCCGAAACCAUCGCCCAGCGUCAGCGCGGAAGGCUACUUCAAGCGAACGAGCGCGUCCAGACGCUCGAGUUCGCGUCGCCGUGGCAGCAAGAGAGGCUCUCAACGAUUAAGCAAGAAGAAUCAUCAACCGGCAAUUGCGGCUCGCGCCAACAGUCCCGUAUUGUUCAUCCCGCCGGAGAGACGUCGCUCGAGACGCCAGCGACGGGUCUGGCGCGAGAUCAGAUACUUCCCGGACGACGAGGAUCUGAUUCUCGAAAGGAUCAACGACUGGUCGUCGAACGUGUCGGACGACCAGUUCGACGAUCAGAAGCUUCUGCUGUCGGGCGACUUCAACGAACGCCGUGAAGAUGACGCGUUCAAUUCGAUCGUCUCUUCGUCCCUGGGUUCCUUUUCGGCCACAUCGUCCUCGUCGUCGGCCUGUCCGGCUCCGAAGAUCAGCGAUUUCAACGAGGACAAAUUGUUCUCCGAGGAGCUGAGAACCAACGGGCUUCUGGCGCGCGGUACUACCUGGAAGCUUCUGGUGACAACGGCGACGAGGACGACGACGACGACAGCGUCAACGGCGACAGCGACGAGCGCGACGACUUCCGGAAAUUACUUCGCCAGCAGUCAAUUCCUCAGUUUUCUGGCCAAGGGCGUUGCGAAGGAGAGAUCGAAGAACGAGAGCUCCAACACGGGCUACAGGUGCCUCUCGUCGACCGACAGCGAGGACGAUGACGCCGAUCGCUUCAACGAGCGCAAUAAGAAGAACGUCAACUUUUCCCAGCAACGACAGCAACAUCUGAAGAGACAAAAAUCCGGAAUCAAGAGAAGACCUCUGCGUCGAAAAUCGCAGUUGAGAAGAGCGUCCGGUCAGCCGGUGUUCCUCGUGCGCAAGUGUUCGUCCUUGAGGAAACGUCCUAGAGAUAUCACGCAGAAGGGUUAUGAAAAGAAACGGACGCGCCUACUUCAGCCGUACAUUUCGAAGCAGAUAGGCGGUCGGCUUGUGCCUGGCGGGAUCGCCAGUCCCCCGGGAUCUGGCGGCUCCACAGGGAAUACCGGGAACUCGGCUGCGGCAGCGGCAGCGGCGGCGGCUGCGAGACGCGGCAAUCGCAGACUAACGCGCAAUGAGAGCCGCUAUCAUUCCGAGGUGCGCCAGGAGGCGGUGCAGCAGGCGUUGGCGGCGAUGCAGGGCAGACCGAAGCCAUCCUUACCGAUGCCGUCUAAGAGAACAUCCGUGAUGGCCAGGAGCCCCGAUCGGGAGAGACGCGACAGCGGCGAGUCCAGCAGCGAUGAGGACAGUGUCGUCACCGAGGAGAGUCCUGGCGCGGGUGGACCGACUGGUACCGGUCUUUCCGACACCAGCAGCACCGGCUCCGCUCGCGACACCCCACCGCCGCCGAGGCCGCCGGCGAGAAGGCCGCCCGGCGCCGAUAUCACCGAUAUCGCCGAGUACACGCCGCACGCUUACUGCAACAUUCAGCCACCGGACGUUACCCAUGUGACCAGCAGCACGCCGGUCGGGCAGCAGCAGUCGGCGACGCGACGACCCGGCGCCGACCGGGUGAAUCGUUACACACACGUGGUCGAGGAUCAGAACAGCACCGGCACAACCGGCCGCUGGAAGGUCUCAGCGAAGAUCCAACAGCUGCUGAACACGCUUAAGCGGCCGAAACGCCGACCGCUGCCGGAGUUUUAUGAGGACGAUGACAUUGAACUGGAGAUCGCGGCGAAUCCGAAGGAUCCGAACGCCCCGAAACCCGAGGGCGGCUCCAUGACGUCGGCAGUGGGCGAAGCGCUGUCAGUGCCGUCGGGCUUGCCUCGAUCUCUCGAAGCCGCCAUUCAGAGGUACGGCUCGGCGACGUACAAAGCACCGGUGGCCACUGUUCUGGACCCUAACGGCAAGCUCUGCGUAACGCUCACUUAUGGGAAGUUGCUAAGUCGCUCUCAUAAGAUCGCCUAUACACUUCUGAACAAGGCUCUAAGUCGCGGCGGCGAUUGUUGCCUCAAACCCGGCGACAGAAUCGCUCUGGUUUACCCGAACAACGAUCCGAUCAGUUUCAUGUGCGCCUUUUACGGCUGUCUUCAGGCCGGCAUUGUGCCAGUACCCAUCGAGGUUCCUCUAACACGCCGUGACGCGGGUUCUCAACAGAUCGGUUUCCUUCUGGGAAGCUGCGGAAUUCAGGUGGCGUUGACCAGUGAAGCGUGUUUGAAGGGUCUGCCGAAGACGGCGGCCGGUGAGGUGGUGGCCUUCAAGGGCUGGCCGAAACUCCACUGGUUUGUCACGGAACAUCUGGGCAAAACGCCCAAGGAUUGGCUGCCGCCGCCAAGGCUCACUGAUGACACGCCCGCUUAUAUCGAGUAUACCACUGACAAGGACGGUUCUGUGAUGGGCGUAACCAUCACCAGGGCGGCGAUGAUGGCCCAUUGUCGCGCUCUCACGCAAGCUUGCGGUUACACCGAGGGCGAAAACGCCGUCUGUGUGUUAGACUUCAAGCGAGAGGUCGGCCUUUGGCACAGCACAUUGACCAGUGUGCUGAACGGCAUGCACGUUAUUUUUAUCCCGUACGCCCUGAUGAAGGUCAAUCCUGCCAGUUGGAUGCAAAUGAUUACGAAACAUCGCGCCAGUGUUGCUGUGGUGAAAUCGCGGGAUCUUCACUGGGGUUUACUGGCCACCAAGGAUCAUAAGGAUGUUUCCUUGGCUACGUUGAGGCUUUUACUCGUCGCGGACGGCGCGAAUCCAUGGUCUCUCUCGUCCUGCGAUCAGUUUCUUUCAGUAUUUCAAUCUAAGGGACUCAGGCCAGAUGCUGUUUGUCCUUGCGCUUCUUCUAGCGAAGCUCUCACUGUCUCGGUGAGGAGGCCAGGACGCGCGGGAGUGAACGCAACUGGUCGUGGAGUUCUUUCCAUGUCCGGACUGAGUUACGGAGUCGUUAGAGUAGAUCAAGAAAAUUCCUUAACGUCGUUGACGUUGCAGGAUUGCGGCCAAGUUAUGCCUGGAAGCGUAGUGGUCGUCAUUAAAAUGGAAGGACAACCAUUCAUUUGUAAGACGGACGAGGUUGGUGAGAUUUGCGUGCACAGCGCAGCGACAGGUAGUCAGUAUUGGGGACUGCAAGGACUCACCAACAAUACGUUCAAAGUGUCGCCUUUACAAGCUGACGGUACUGCUUUGGGUGACGUGGAAUAUACACGUUCCGGUUUGUUGGGUUUUCUUGGUCCUGGAGGUCUCGUCUUCGUCUGCGGAUCGCGCGACGGUCUUAUGACAGUAACUGGCAGAAAACACAACGCUGACGACAUCAUCGCCACUGUGCUUGCGGUUGAACCGAUGAAAUUUAUCUAUCGCGGUAGAAUCGCCGUUUUUAGUGUAAGAGUUCUCAGAGAUGAAAGGAUAUGCGUCGUUGCAGAACAACGGCCCGAUUGUAGCGAAGAAGAGAGCUUCCAGUGGAUGUCUCGAGUGCUACAAGCUGUCGAUUCGAUUCACGCGGUAGGAAUAUACUGCCUUGCCUUAGUGCCACCGAACUAUUUGCCCAAAACGCCGCUAGGCGGGAUUCAUCUGUCGGAAACAAAACGCCGCUUUCUCGAAGGCGCUUUACAUCCAGCAAAUGUACUACUUUGUCCUCACACUUGCGUCACGAAUUUGCCGAAACCGCGCGAAGUUCAUUCAGCGGGGGAUUCUGUUUCAGAUGUCGGCCCGGCCAGUGUCAUGGUAGGCAACAUCGUUCAAGGUAAUCGACUGGCCUCGGCGCAAGGACGAGACAUGGGUGUUCUAGAUGAGGAUAGCGACAACGCCAAAAAGUAUCAAUUUAUCUCAGAAAUUCUACGAUGGCGAGCUGUCAGCACUUCGGAUCACGUGAUAUUCACAUCGUUAAAUGCGAAGGGCGCUGUUGCGACCUCGUUGUCCUGCUCGCAGCUGCACAAAAAAGCUGAGAGGAUCGGAAAUCUGCUUCUGGAUCGGGGAAGAGUCAACACCGGGGAUCACGUGGCACUUAUAUUUCCACCUGGUACGGAUCUGAUAUGCGCGUUUUACGGUUGUCUGUAUGUGGGUGCCGUGCCGGUGACUAUCAGGCCGCCGCAUCCGCAAAAUCUACAAACGACUCUGCCGACCGUUCGCAUGAUCGUGGAUGUCAGUAAAUCCGUUCUCGUGCUGACUAACCAAACUAUCAUGAAGUUACUGAAAACAAAGGAGGCAAACAAUGUGGUCGACGUGAAGAGUUGGCCGAUGAUUCUGGAUAUGGACGACAUGCCAAAGAAGAAGCUGCCGGUUAUGUAUCGGGCGCCCACCGCGGAGAUGCUGGCCUAUCUGGACUUCAGCGUGUCGACAACGGGCAUGCUCGCCGGCAUCAAGAUGUCCCACGCGGCUGUAACUUCGUUGUGCCGCGCCAUGAAACUGGCAUGCGAACUCUAUCCCUCCAGACACAUAGCACUCUGUUUGGAUCCCUAUUCGGGUCUCGGUUUCGCUCUGUGGUGUCUCAGUAGCAUAUAUAGCGGACAUCAUUCUAUAUUGAUACCACCGUCCGAGGUGGAAGCCAACCCCGCGCUCUGGCUAUCGGCAGUCAGCCAGUCUAGAGUUAGAGACACGUUCUGUUCGUAUGGCGUGAUGGAGCUGUGUACCAAAGGACUCGGCUCCUCGGUUCAUGCGCUCAAGGCACGGGGUGUUAGUCUGGCUUGCGUUAGGACGUGCGUCGUCGUCGCAGAGGAGAGGCCACGAAUAGCGUUAACGACGAGCUUUAGUAAAUUAUUCUCCGCUCUUGGUCUGAGCCCACGUGCAGUUUCCACUUCAUUCGGCUGCAGAGUAAACACUGCCAUUUGCUUACAGGGGGCAUCCAGUCCGGAGCCCUCGACAGUCUAUGUGGAUCUUCGCGCGUUACGAAACGACCGGGUGUCGUUGGUGGAACGCGGCAGUCCGCACUCUCUGUGCUUGAUGGAAUCGGGCAAACUGCUGCCUGGCGUGAAAGUGAUCAUUGCCAAUCCCGAGACCAAGGGUCAGUGCGGCGAUUCGCAUUUGGGCGAAAUCUGGGUGCAGUCGUCGCACAACGCGAGCGGUUACUUUACGAUCUACGGGGAUGAGAGCGAUUACGCGGAUCACUUCAACGCGCGUCUAGUCACCGGUAACACGAACGAGGUCUACGCGAGGACCGGCUAUCUCGGUUUCUUGAGGAGAACGGAGAGCGUUCAGCAAUCGGUGAUCAGCGACGUGCCAAGUGACACCACCAACGCCGAGGCGGAUCUUGUGCCGAACGAUCCGGAGCUUCAUGACGCCGUAUUCGUUGUCGGCGCCCUCGACGAGGCCAUAUUACUGCGGGGUAUGCGAUACCACCCGAUAGAUAUUGAGAAUAGCGUCAUGCGAUGUCACAAGAAAAUCGCGGAGUGCGCUGUAUUUACAUGGACCAACCUUCUAGUGGUAGUGGUAGAGUUAGACGGCAGCGAAAGUGAGGCUCUCGAUCUCGUGGCUCUGGUGACGAGCGCUGUGCUCGAGGAGCAUCAUCUUGUAGUCGGCGUGGUAGUUGUAGUAGAUCCCGGAGUGGUGCCCAUCAAUUCUCGCGGCGAGAAGCAACGGAUGCAUUUGCGCGACGGUUUUCUGGCGGACCAGCUCGAUCCUAUCUACGUGGCGUACAAUAUGUGAACGAGUGUGCGAGAGAAGAUUUUUCCUUGUGUAUUCCGCCCUCCUUCCCAUCAGUGGUUCUUAUCCGACGUGCUAGGGCCGCAGUGGAAUUCCAUUUCCGACGACAAUUUGCAUCGAACACGGUAAUGAGACAAAGCGACAGAGAUUGUCAGCAGCGAUUUUGUUUUUCUUUUCUUUUUUUUUUUUUUUUUGUUUUUUUCGCUUUUUUUUACACACAAACCCGUUUUAUAAGAAAGAACGUAUUUAAAAAGUUUCUGUUUUAAAAAUCUUUUGUGUUAAAAAAUUUCUUUUAGACUUGAUAUUUCUCAUGUAUCACAGAGCGAUUUUGCCAAUUUUUUUAUCUUCCGAACUUGUUCGCACAAAAAACCACACCAAUAUUCUAGACUUACCGACGAUUUAUUAUUUACUUUUAAACAAUUACAACUCGCGCGAAGCGUGAUUAUUCGAAUAAUAACGCGUGUAAAACGCGAAUGAACAUUUCGAUCAAUGGAGUUCUACUGUACCGUUCUUCAAAGAACGUUAACGUACUCCGGCAGUGUGAAUGUUAUCGGCAAAAAAAAAAAAAAAAAAAUACAUUUGUGCGAAUUCGACGCAUUUUUAAGGAAGCCCAACUGCCAUAAAUUCUCAAAAAGAUUGAAUUUGAAAAAAAAAAUAAUAAUAAUAAUACCACAUUACAUAUACGUAUAUGAUACAUAACGAGAUAGAAUAAUCGAUGACGAAUUGCGACGUCAAAGUGUGGGAGAGACAAAUGAUAAAUUUUCGCUGCUCAUUGCCGCUCCGAUUACCCGAAACAAUUCAUCGCAAAACGCACACUGUAUACCCGUCUACCCCAUCGACAGUUCUACACACGACAUUAAGAUUCGCGGUGUUAAUUAAGAUUCGGGAACUGCUCGUUUGUCUUUGUUUUUUUUAUUUUUUUUUUUUAUUUUUUUUUUAUUUAUUUCGGCAGUGAGAUCUAAGUAGCCGUAAAAUCCUCUGACAUUCAAUUCUCUCAAGUCAAUAUGUCAGGCUGCGACACGCACAGCAUCGACGCGAUUUCGUACGUUUGUAUUAAGUAACGCUAUAGAUAUAAAUUCUAAACGUUUUUUUUUUUUUUUUAGCUGUAAUUAAUAUCGCGAAGAACAGAGUCUCCUUUUAUUGACGAAAAAACAACGAAGAAGAGUUUCGUUUUUCGCGAAAGCGAAAUUCCAUGAAUUUACGAGAUAAAUUCGCGUUUGUCGUCAUUAUUUUUUUUUUUUUUAAGAUCGUCAAUCAUUCGUAAGAACGUGUUUUUCAAUGAAAAUCGCAAUUUUUGAAGAUCCAAUCGAGUGUCUCGGGCGAGUUUUUGUUCUCUUGAUUUUUUUCACCCGCACAAAUAAAAUAAUUACGAAACAAACGAGACCUCGCACACAAGAGGACUUUCUUCACUCACGAAUUUUUUCGACGGACAUUGUACAAUUGUUGAUAGCUCUUUUUAAUUUUUAUAUUCUUAUUUUAACACACAUGACAACACAUAUACGUACGGCGCCCAGAGCGCAUAUUGUUACGACUAUAUAUUGCGACUUAUAUUGAGACUUUGCGAUUAUAUACAGAUGAUCAUGUGUGUGUUGUUUGUCGCGCGUAUAAAGAACCGCUGUGUAUAUUACGAAUGUUAUGAUAUCAAAGAAAAUAUUAUAAAUUACAUAUCUCUAUAGCAAAAUGAUUUUACUACACUUUACAACGCUUAUUUAAAAAAUUGCAAAUAUUAUUUCUACUCUCAUAUACUUCUCGCAUAUUUUUUUUUUUUUUUUAUCUCCGAGUCGACGAGAUUGACUUGAAAAAAUCGGAAAAAUUGUUCUGUUAAAAAAUACAAAAUUUUUAUCGUCAAAAAAUUUCAGGCAUCAGUUUUUUUUACGUCAGUUUACUUUCGUACAUUUACACUAGAGUGCGAUUUCAGUAUCCACACACACACACACACAUACAUAAACGAUGCAGCAAGUAUAUAACAUUUAUAUAAUGACGAAUUUUGUCAUCAGUACAAUAUACGCACGGCAUAGUGAUUUGUAAUCUCGCUCGCGAAAUAUAUGACGAUUAAUCGUAUUGCAUACCGGACUCUCUCGAUGGCUGUUCAUUCGGACGGCUUUUAUGUUUUUUUUUUUUUUUUGUAAAUACGUAAAUCCAAGAAAAAGCGCGUUUCUUCUCUCCCUCCCACACACGUGCUCCUAUUGCCGCGUUCGUUCGCUCUUUCGCGCGUUCUCACGGCUAUACAUCCUCAUUUUUAUCAUCCAUCUCCUCUUUAUUUUAUUGUUAAGCUAUCGUGCCAUGUCACCCUAUGCGUUACUUCUGCACUUUUACGCACGGAAAAACAUACACAUACGACCGCAAAAUAGCCGCAAUUUGCACACACACACACACACAGGCUCGGUUGCACUGAUAGCCUCAGUUAAUUAACUGUCAUUAGCGUGUGUUGCGUCAAUUUUUACAUUUUAUACACACGUUUAGUCGUUUAAUUUAUUAUCAUAGCUAUGUCAUAUCAUUUAAGAAUUUGCAGUAACACACAGUAGAGUAAUACACGGAGAGGGCAAGUUUUUUUUUUUUUUUUAUCACAGUUAUUAUCUUCAUCGUCUUAGUUAAUUAGUUUAUCACAAUGAUCUCAUACAUCUUGCUCCAUCGGUUGUUUUCUGACACACCUAAUGUACAAUCUGUCUUUCUAUGUUUUAGCGAAACGAACUAAUAAUAGAUCUGUUUAGUGUUUGUGGUAGACGAUUCUUUCCGAUUCUGUUUCUUUUUUUUUUUUUUUUUUUGUUUUUGUUUUAAGAAUAAAGCCAACGGUCUCGGUUAAUUGACAUUAUUAGUGCAACUGGCGCUUUAAGUACAUUAAGAAACAAACUUUUAAGGAUGUGUGAAUCAGAUUUUCCAGAGAGAGAGAAGGAGAGAGGAAGGAGAGAUCGGGCGCGCGCGACUCGCAUUUCUCGUCGUGCGUGUAUUGCUUUUACGAAAUAUCGUUUUGUCGAUUUCUCUCUCUGCAAAGUCUGAUUCAACCGCGAUUUAUCUCAAAUUUUUGCGAACGCAUUGUUGCAACAAAUGUCGCGCCUCGAAAUUCAGAAACUCUGCGAUCUUAAGUUUUUUCAAUAGUUCGCUCGUGAAAUUGUCUUAAGUUUUUUUUUUCACGGGGAAAUUACACAAUCGCGUAGGAAAUUUGCUCGUCUCUGGAACACAUAUACGCAAAGACGAAUGUGACGGUAAACUCGUGACAAAUGUUAGAGUCAAACAUGUGUCGAGCACAAGAGAUGAUCGCGUUUGCGAAGAUUCUGGAUUUUGAGGCUUUUUUUUUUUUUUUACACGUCGAGUCUGUGAGAGACCGUGUCGACCGAUAUCUUUCUCCGUGCGUGGAAGAGAAAAUGUAGUACACACACACACACACAACACACAGAUGCCUCUUUGAGAG